CGUAUGGAUAAAAAGUACGUGCAUGGUCAGCUUUAUAAAACGAUUGCUAGAAGCGCGCGGGUGAGAGAGAGAGACGGAAGAGUCAAACAAGUAAACAUGGCGCCGUGUGACCCAUCAUAUCAUAUUUAGUGUAUUUUGUACACGCAGUAUCUGUAGAUUUAUCUAAAAUUAGUAGGAAAUCUUUAAAGAUAAGUGCGUAAGAGUCAUGAAACAUUACAAUAAGUGAUAAAUCAACAUUAUUAAAAAGUGCCAACUCUAUAUUUUCGUAAUUUAGUAAAUUUUACAGGUCUCGUAUCGAAAUAAUUGUGUAUUAUGUGUGUUCGUAAAAAAUCGAUGAAUGGAGUUAAGAUAGUGUUAGCAUAAUGUAAACAUUGUGGUUUUGUAAUAGUACGUAGGCGAAUUUCGCUAUUAACAAGUAAGGUAGAAUUUAGCUAUGGAAAAAAGUGACAGUUACCUGCACAAAAAAUUCAAGAAACAAAUUAACGUUGAAUCCAUAAUCCAAAAUGACAAGGAAAACAAGAAGAGCGCUCCGGUGGAGACGUUCGCGCAAAAAAUCGAUCAAAAAGAAAAAGAAAAAAUGGAUAAAACGGACAAUAUCGAACCUGUGCCAAAUCAAAGUACAAAUAGCAGCCCUUCGCGUACGUCGAACGCCAAGUCUUCCAUAUCACUAGGCAACCAACAAUCUUCGAACUCUUACAUAUCAUAUGUAGUUUCGAAACAACCAGAUCAUCAUCAACCGACUAGUUUUGAUACUAAACAGACCAACUAUACAGAUAAUACUAGUAGCACGUCUUCCAUUUUGAACAACGUUUACCCGACCGCCAACUACAAUUACGCCGGAGACAAUUACGGCAUCUUCAACGCCAAUUUCCAUCGAGACGACGUCAAACCGGAUGAAACGUCGACUCCCAAAUACGACGAACAAAAAAACUCCGUCGGAAAAUACGUUUGCCCCUAUUGCAAUCUAGUCUGCUCGAAACCGAGCGUUUUGCAAAAACACAUCAGAGCCCACACCAACGAAAGACCGUACCCCUGCGAAAGUUGCGGCUUCUCCUUCAAAACCAGAUCGAACCUCUACAAACAUUGCAGAUCCAGGACGCACGCCAACAGAUUAUUGGUGACCAAAACUCCGGACGCGAACCACGAGUCCGAAAUAGCGAAAAACCCGCCGAACGAUUCGGAAUUCAAAGACGAACCGAAGAAACCGUACAAACCCAGGUUCCAUACGGCGAAAUUAUUCGAUAACCCCCCGCCAGAUAGUACCGAAGACGCGACGAAUACCUCGACGACGACCACCCGAUUCGUGUCGCACCACAUCAACAAAAUCAUAAAUAGAAACAAUUCCUCGGCGCCGCAACCCAGCGAGACGUUCGUACAAAAAGAAAUCCGCCACGACGAGCCGCUCAACCUCACCAAAAACCGAAAGAGAUCCAUGAGCGAAGUAACCGAACCGGUCAUCCAAAAGAGCCUAAUCAAAGAACUCCUGCUGAAAAAUCUGAGCAGCUCCUCCGACAUGCAAUGCCCCCAUUGCAAGAUGAUCUUCCAAACGGUCACCGAAUUGGACGUCCACAAAUACAGAAAUUGCAAAGGAAAAUCCGCCGGACCGAAAUAUACCAGAAGUAGUUCGGUGAACGUCGCUUCGAUAUUAACGCACAACAAAAACGCUUUCGACAACAUUCCUCGGAUGCAAUUCCCCCUCGACUCCCCGGGACCGUUCCUAGGCAAAACUCGACUAAUAGAAAGCGACAAAACCAAAUCGUUUUCCUUCGAUAGCGGAAAUCUACCUCUGGUUAAUCGAGGGGAAACCGCAUCCUCGCCGCCCAAUUACCUUUUGUCCCCCCUUUCCUUCGAUAAAGAUAAAAAACCCCGCAUCAAAUUAUUCGGGGGGGAAGUGAAAGUGCAUUCGUCGGGCGAAUCGAAAACCUUCAAAAUCGAAGACGAAUUCGAUAAAGAUGCGAAUUUUAUCGGUAAUUUAAGCGAAAAUCGAGUCGUCAAAACUAGUUUACAAUCCGGAGGCACCGUUUUAACGAAUACCAAUAAAUCCGACACGAAAACCCCCAAAGAAAAUAUAGAUUUCGAUAAAUCGAUUUUUACUUUCGAUACAAUUCGAAAUAUCGACGACGACGUAUCGAUUACCAAAUCGUAUCCGGAAGAAUCGAGUCCUCUAUAUAAGAAUAUAAUCGAUUUCAGUCAGAACGCUCUUAAAAUGUUGACGCCUAAUAUUAGACAACCGACUGUACCUACGAAUUUUAAUCAUCGAACGCCACCCGGCGACUUUAAAACCAAUUUGUACAAUCCUCUGAAUCUAUUGGUGAACGGUCAAGUCGUUAGACACGUGCCGGGUAUGCCGGGACCCGUAGUCGAAAAUACCCCCCCGAUCCGACAAAAUUUACCCCCUUUAGUAAUCGAUAAACCCCCUCCGAUGACGGACCACCCAUCUCCGAAACCGACGGAAACUUGCUCCCAGGAUAAAAACGGCGCGAGGUUAUUCGCGCAACCCGAUAAACUGAUCAAAUCGCCCAAAAAUAAUAAUAAUAAUAAUCCGGUGCAAAUUAGAGCGACGGCCAAUUUUUUGCUACCGGAAAGAUUGAACAGAUCCCCGAAAUCGGACGGUUCCGAUACGAAAUGCGCGGAAGACAAAUCCGCCGAAGGGGAAAUCAAGAAAUUCGCCAGACCGAAUAGUUUGGCUUUGAAACCGACGACGGCGUCAUUGAAACAACACCACGGCUUGACGCCGACCAUGUUCAAUCAGAUCCUGAUCAGCCCAGAUACGCCUCGAGUCGCCAAGAAGUACGCCGAGCAUUUUCUUCACGGCAAUUAUUUCAGUUAUUUGGGAUUGAAGAGUUCCACGAGACCGGUCUAUUGUACUUUGAACAAGACGCAACCUUUUUACGUGCCCCACUUCAAGAAAUUGAGCAUGUACUCCGAAUGGAGGCAGCAGGAUACCAAACAGGAUAAAUUGUACGUCAGCGACUACGAUUCCAGACAGAUUAACAAGAGUUACAGUAUAGCGGGGAAGACUUCGGCCAAUCUAAUCAUACAUUCUAGUUAUAAGUUUGUCAUUACGGAAACGUCAUCGGCACAAUCUGAAAAAGAAGACGAACCACAGAAGAAUAAUACAAUUUUAGGCGGGUACGAAUGUAACGAAGAUUAUAUUUACGUUCGAGGCAGGGGUAGAGGCCGAUAUGUAUGCGACCAAUGUGGGAUUCGUUGUAAAAAACCGUCUAUGCUUAAAAAGCACAUCAGGACACAUUCAAACGAUAGGCCUUAUACUUGCAGUCAUUGUAAUUUCAGUUUCAAAACUAAAGGAAACUUAACCAAACAUAUGAAAAGUAAGGCCCAUUCGAAAAAUUCCACAACUAGUACGGGAUCGUCGUCUUCAUCAGCCCAACAAAGCGCUCAGAGUUCUGAAUCUGAUACUGACGACAGCGGAAUGGAUAGUAGCGACGAAUCGACGCGUCAACAAGAACACGAAGCGGCCUACGGUCUGUUGUCUCUUUCGCAAAAACCUACCCAAACAUCUGGUAACAUAGGCACGAAGAGCCCCACAGAAGCAUUUAUGACCACAGAAGAACUGGCGCACGUUUCAAAGACGAUUUACGCCAAAAACAAAUUCCUAGAUCAACCAAACACAACGAUGAGUCCAAGUUUCAAAACGAUGGAGCUGAAUAUAUCGGCAUCAGAAGAAACUGCAGAAAAUCAAAACGUUAGGACCUAUUUAGGAAUGGGAAGUAUAAGUAGACCUUUGACGUAUCCUUAUACCACCGUUUUAAUAGGAGAAAAGGUAGUAUUACCUUCACCGGAACCGGAAAAUAAGUUAUCGGAAAGUGUUACCAAUCCAGUAGAACCGAAAUGUAUUAAACAGUUCAACGUUAUAAAAAAAUACGUUCCCCAAGGAAAAUUAAGUCCCGAUCUACCCGAAAACGAAAAUUAUUGUUACGAAGAGACCUUAAACAACGUUAAAAACAUCACAACUACCCCCAACCGAACCCUACCUACUCUAAAAAUAAACGACGUCGUAAUAACCGCCGAAAGCGUGUCGGAUAUAAGAAAAAGAAAAUUUUCAAUAACGGAAUUUCCCCAUAAAAACAAAAUACAGAAAAACGACGAAGUUAUGGAUCUGUCGAUGGCGAAUAAUCAAGAAAAAUUAAACGGAACGUUAGUAAACGAGGUGGUGAAUAAUUUUAGGUUGACGGAGAGCGAGAAGAACGUCGCCAACGAAAUAUUCAACGCGUUACAGAAACCACAGUCUCCUCCUCGAUUGGAAAUUAACGAGGACAGAGAAGAAAUUCCUAUUUAUAAUAACAACAACAACAACAACAAUAGCACCGUUAUCAUAUUGAGACCUCUGAGUGCGGAUACACAAGAUCAACAUCAGAACUACAACGAAGAAACUGGCAACAAUACGGAUUACGACAACAGCGCCAUGGAAACUCUGGCCGAUGUUGCCACCAAACAAGUCAAAUUGGAGAAAAAUACUUUGGCGAAGAGCGUCGCCAGCGAAUUUUUAAAAUUGGCCACUAAAAACGAAAAUAUAGACGGCGGUAUUAAUACUGUUAAUUUCGGACCCGUCAAUAAGGACGUCAAUGAUAUUAUCGUUAAAUCCGAAGGGAACAAGAGCUGCACCAUUUGUUCCAAGAGUUUUAACAAACCUUCACAACUUAGGCUACACAUGAAUAUCCACUAUUUAGAAAGACCUUUCCGCUGUGAUUCAUGUUCCGUUAGUUUCAGAACGAAAGGACAUUUACAAAAACACGAAAGGAGUGCUAGUCACCAUAACAAGUUGUCCUCAUCUCCUGCGCUUUCUUCUUCUGAACCCAGACCGUUCAAAUGUUCGGAUUGUAACAUCGCUUUUCGGAUUCACGGUCAUCUAGCCAAACAUCUGCGAUCCAAGAUGCAUAUACAGAGGUUGGAAUGUUUGAAAAAGUUACCUUUCGGUUUGUACGCAGAAUUGGAGAGAUCCAACAGUCUGUUGACUGAGAUAAAUACUUGCGAUGGGGACCAAUGCCUUGAAAGUUUAAAGACUCUAGCGAAAAAAGUAUUCGUCAAUCAUCCGAACAAACUGAACGAAAUAGAACAGAGAGAAACGAUAAUGGCGGAUUCGUAGAACAAUUUUUGUACAUAUUUGCUAUUAUAAAACUGCUGAAGACUGAAUAUAGAAAACAAAAGCUAUGAAAAUAAGAAAAGUAUACAUUUUAUAAACUAUUUUAUUGUUGAAAACAUUCUACUUACAGAAUUACUUUAUUAUUUACACGAAAUUAUAUAUAUAUAUAUUAUAUAUUCAAAUAGGUGGAUUAUAGAACGAAUUUUUCUUCAGUACGUUUGGCAUAAAAUGGCAAUUUUAGUCGUAUUUUCAAGUCAAAUUUUCAAAAUAUAUUUCUUCUUAAUAACUAUAUAAAUACAGGAAUUUCUACAGUUAAAUCUGCUGUUGUUCAUCGGUCGAAUCUAUUUUUUACAUAUCUAGCUGCUAUUUUAUAUAAUUGACCAUUUGAAACUAAAUUUUAUACAAAAUUAUCGAAAAUGAGAAACGUGUUAAUAUAUUAUCUAAAGAAAAAAUCUGUUUCCCAAUGUAGGUGAAAUGUUUUAUGAAAAAAUGUGAUUGAAACUUUUGGAAUUCAACUAGAUGUGGUCGUGCUUAGUCGUUCCUUUGAUUUAAAUAAAUAACUUUUACAUGACAUAUAUUUAUUUUUUCAGUACUUACACAGUUUUUAC